AUGCCACCACUCGACCGCCUUCACCAACGGGUCCUUGUGCCUGUGGUCACGAUCGUUGUUGCUAGCACAUUGAUUCUCUUCACGUUGACAAGUGUGUCACAGCCAACAUGGUUACCAGCAUCAUCUCAUACCGUCCCUGCCGAUUACCUCCAAGAUCAGCAACAGGCAUUCAACGCUACCGGGCACAGCAACACUUCUUGGGAUUGCACGUGUUAUACAUACGAUUCAAGCGAACCAUUACCCGAGAUCCCCGAAAUCGUCGACUCGUCGAAUGCAACACAAGAAGAGCAAGGCAUGCCAACGAUACAAGUGCCUGAAUCAUUACCAGAGCCACCAGCUGCUCUUAUGGAGAAGAUCAAUGCGAACCUGGUGGAUGGACGAGUGCUUGUUAUUGCUACUGCCAACUAUGGUAUGCGAGAUUACAUGUACAACUGGAUUGAAUCCUUGAAACGCACCAAUGAGACUCGCUAUCUUAUCUUUUGCUUGGACGACAAGCUGUAUACUCACUUGGUCAACGCCGGUUAUGAAGAUCACGCAGCCACCAUUCCUGAUGAAUGGUUCCAUCAAGAAGUCGCAUCCAAUUUCGAAGACUAUUUCUCACCCCAGUACAAGGCAAUCACCCAUGCCAAAACCCUCGUCGUUCAACGUUUAUUGUACCUUGACAUCACAGUCUUUUUCUCUGAUAUCGACAUUGUGUGGCUACGACCUCGUAUGCGGGAGUACAUAAAGACAUUGCUUGACAUUCGAAAGGAGACACAUGUGGUAUUCCAACAAGAAGGUCUUGAUGAACGACAAAUCAACUCGGGCUUUUUCAUGAUGCGACCUUACGAAGAUAUGAAACGCAUGCUUGCAGAGACCAUUCGCUUGCAGGAUUCGAAUCAAGGAUUGACACAACAAGGUGCUAUGAACCGUGCCCUGGAUCCCAUGAUCCUUGAUCUACGAACGACAAGUGUGGUGUUGCUUGACGUCAUGUACUUUCCUAAUGGCUAUGCUUAUUUCGAUCACGAUCUAUCCAAUUCUCGGGGCGUUGAUCCUUAUAUCCUCCAUGCUAAUUACCGGGUGGCUGGUGAAAAGAAAAAGGAACUUGAGGUUCGAGGAUACUGGUAUGUGGAUGAAGAUUGGCUCAAGCAAGUGGAUGCCAUGGUCGAACAAUCUUGGGAAGAACAAACCGAUGCUAUCGUAAAUGGAUCAUGA